UUAUUUGUUACAUGUUACACACAUUGUAGCAUCUACAGCACAACUUCAUUCCCACAGUCUGACUCUAUCUUUCAGCUUCUGUCACAAUUUCAUCUCUAACUUGCAAACAAUGCCAUCAUCAUGACCUCUCAACCUUCAUCAUCACACCCUCUCCCUCCUCCCCUCCAUCUCACAAUCCGCUUCACAACAUCUCAACCAGAUCUCGAACUCGACAUCCCCUCACCCCAAACAACAACCGUCCUCGCUCUCAAACACCUCCUCCGCACAAGACUAUCCUCCAAAAGUCGAUUACGUCUCAUUCAUCAAGGUCAUCUGCUCCCCGACGCUUCGGCGCUAAGCUCUGUUCUCAAACCACAUCCUGCGCCGCCGCGCACCAACGAUGAUCCGAAGGGAAAAGGAAAGGCUGUUGAGGGUGCGAAUGUGUCGCGGGUCUAUGUUAAUUGCUCCAUUGGUGAUGAGUUGACGAGUGAGGAGUUGAAGAAGGAAGAGGAGGAGGCGCUAAAGCCACCGAAAGAAGCGACUGGUGAUGGUUCGAAACCUACGACUUCAACGAGGCCGCGACCACGGGGAUUCGACCGAUUGUUACAGUCUGGAUUUUCGCCUUCAGAAAUCGCAACUUUAAGGACACAGUUUACAUCCAUACAUACAUCGCGCUUCACACCAGACGCCAUGCCAUCGCCUGACACCCUGCGCAACAUGGAGGAUGCAUGGAUCGAUAACAACGCCGAAGGAAUCCCGUCCGGGUCUAAUCCACUCGAAGACGAAAAUUCCGGCAUGGCUUCCGUACUCGAAAUACUAUUCAAAGCCAUGAUGGUCGGCUUCUUCUUCCCACUAGGAAGUCUAGCAUGGUUGAUGCGCCAGGAAGGUAUCUGGAGUAAGAGAUGGCAGAUAUUCGUUGGUUUCGGAGUUGUCUUUAGUCUUGUUAUUGGUUUCAUCAUGGAGCUGUCAGGAGAUCGGCCUUAGUAGAGCCUUGAAACAGCCCAUAUCUUGUUCGGUGCUUCAGCGGUAGCAACGGUAGCAUGCUUGGCUUGGGGUUAUCGAGUUUUCAGGCGUUGACUUUGGGCGCUGAGGUCAUGCCAAAACAUGGGCUACAGCGGACGGAUGGCGUUAUGUGUUUAUAGGCAUUAUACAUACUGCUCUUGAGGGCAGGAGAAACGGACAGAAUAUGCCACAGCGAUCCAAACCACGUCUCAUGACAUUAGUCUUGAGCCUUUGUCGGUUCUAAAUAACUUAUACCACUUCUUAUAGG